AUGUCAGAGAUACUGCCAAGACUUCCUGCAAAAUGUGUAGGUCGUGCAAAGAAGUUUUGGCUUGCUGGUGAUAUUGUCAUAAUUCGAUUUGAUGUGAAUACAGAGACGUUUUCAGAAAUAGGGUUUCCAUAUGUUGGCAAUGGUGAAACAUGCCAGGGGAACUUGGUUAAUAUGAAUAACAAACUUCACGUGUUUGUUAGUCAUGGGUUUAUAGAUAUGGCUGUGGAUCUAUGGCGUUAUGAAGAUUGGGGUGAGGUUUAUGAAAUCGAUUUGAACAAGAAGACAUGUGACCUUUUCAUACCAAGCGAUUGGAAUCAUGCUAUACGGACAGCAAUGUAUGUGGAAACUAUUGUGCCGAUAAAAGCGACGAGGUAUAAUGACCGUUUAUAUUUAUUCGAUGGAGCUGAAUUCAUGGAGUACUGUACGCUUCCUAAAACACCGCCCGUACCACCAUUAUACCUACCUUUGGUCCCAGCAACUUUGUGUGGUGGUGGUUUAUAUUUUGUCAUUACCCAAUGCCAUGGUCGUUCAGAUGGAUUGACGGUUAUUCGUUUUGAUGUGAAUUCAAAGUCGUUUUCUGAAUUAUGUUUCCCCAAUGUAUAUGACGAUGAAGUUAGUGGAAGUUUAGUUAACAUAAACGAGGAGCUUCAUAUGUAUGUUUGUAUCGGAAACUAUGACUAUAGACGAGAAAUUAUAUAUGUAUCAGAAGGUGUUGAUAUGAGUGCACCUAUAUCAACUGAUUCCGAAUCAAUUUCUUCAGUCCCUUCGCAUGAAAUGUCAGCAUCUACACAUGUUGAAUGUCGUAAAGGCCGUGGUCGUAUGGGCCGUCCUCGAUUGCGGGAGCGACUUCCUGUUUUGACGCCUGAUGUUGCAUCCUCACAACGGUGUUCUUACGUUGGUAGUUCUAGUAGAAAUGUGGUACGCUAUAUGCGUAUGCCAAAUGAAAAUGUGCAACCUUCUCCGAUCACUUCAAUUUCGGAUUCAUUUGCGGUUAUACGUACCACUCAGGAAAAUAUAUCUUCUAAUGCAACGACUGAAGUUGGGCGUAGACGGACGGGCCAAAUGGGUCGUCCUCGAUUACGUGAUCGCCCUUCUGAUUUAACAUGUGAGGCUACAAGUACUCAAAGACAUUGCAAUGUUGAUCGUAUCAACAGAGGCGUUGUGCAUUAUACCAGUAGAACAAAUGGAGCUGUGCAAUCUUCAUUAGGUUCAACGGUUUCACAAACAUCUGGAUGUCUACAUUCGAAUCAGGUGGAAGGUUUGCUUACACUUUACUUACCUUUUUUAGGGCGAUGUCCAUCGUAUUAUGAUAUCGGUGAUGCAAACCAUAGUUGUGUUCAUUGUGGAGCUAUGCUUUGUGAAGGAAAGGUUUGCUUGCCAUUUCUUCGACAUCCUCCUCAAACAUUGGGUCGUCUUCUUGAUUACAAUGGGGAAUCACGAUCUCGAGUGUUUAGAGAAAACAUAAAGCUUUUAAAUGCGAUGUUUGCAUUUACCUCAACCUGUGGGAGAAUAUCUACGGAUUUAAAUGAUGGUCGUGGGCCUUAUACAUUCCGUUUGAAUGGCCACAACCAUCAUAAUAUUGGAUCAUUGUUGCCUAUGCAUCCUGAUGGACGCCCUAGAUUUGCUCAAUUGUACGUUUAUGACACGGAAAAUGAGACUGAUAAUCGCUUUUAUGCUUUGCGAAAUUGUGUGUCACCAACGUCUGAUCAAGUCAUCCUACGCACAUUAGUGAAUGACUUCCUGUUGAUGCUUGAUGCGAACAAUGCAUUGGUGCAGGCAUUUAGGAUGGCACGUGAAAGGUUUAAUGACAACUCAAUGCAACGUCUUACGCUUCGCUUGCUUGGUACACGAAAUAGAAGAGAAGGACAAUAUUCUUUGCCUACUGUUCCUGAAGUGGCUGCAUUGAUUCCAGGUGACGGAAAUCCUGCGGACUCACGUGAUAUUAUUAUUGAAGAACGUGGUAGUCGUAGUGCAAAGCGUAUAUCUGAAUUGCACCCAAGUUUUAUGGCGUUGCAGCAAUCGGUUUCAUUACGAGAAUAUUAUUCUUACCGUUUACAACUUAGGAGGAAUGAAGCUAUCCUUGAACAUGAGAUGAAUUGGUUUAAACAAAACCAAAACACUAUUCGUUCGGAUUUGUAUAAUGGUUUAUAUGAUCGUAUCGCUGAUGGUGAAACAAGUUGUGAAGCAGUUGGUCGACGUGUUAUCCUGCCAGCAACAUUUGCCGGUGGGCCAAGAUAUAUGAUUCAACAGUAUCAGGAUGCAAUGGCUAUUUGUCGUUGGGCCGGGGCUCCGGACCUUUUUAUUACUAUGACAUGCAAUUCAAAAUGGCCGGAAAUUACCCGACAUAUUCAAGCAACAACCCCUGGUAUGAGUGCAUCCGACCGCCCGGACAUUGUUGCCCGUGUUUUCAAAAUUAAACUUGAUGAACUUAUCAAAGACAUAAGGAAAAGGAAUAUUUUUGGACACACGAAAGCAGUUAUCUAUACAAUCGAGUUUCAGAAACGAGGACUUCCACACUCUCAUAUUCUGCUUUUUUUACAACCUGAAGAUAAGAUUAAUACGGUUGACAAUAUCGAUAAAUAUAUAUCUGCUGAGCUUCCUUCGGAGGUGGAAGACCCUAUAGCUUUUGGUAUUGUUCGUACGCAAAUGAUGCAUGGUCCAUGUGGUUUGCUCAACCCUUCAAGUCCUUGUAUGCAUAACGAUGUAUGUAGUAAAGGGUACCCAAAGAAUUAUUGUGAGGAAACAUUCAUCCGAAAUGAUGGUUGGUUGUGUUAUAAGAGGCCCAAUAAUUCAAGAGUUGUUAAAGUUGGUUCUCAAGAUAUUAAGUGA